AUGGGCUCCCCAGCUGUCGUCCUCCUGCGCAUAGCUCCCCUCAUCACCGCCACAGCAGGCCACAUAUGCACCCUCACCCAAACCAUCGCCUUUACCACCUUCAUGCACCUGUCCGUGCCGACCGCCCACGCCCCCUCCGUCCGCGCCUGGACCCGUCCCUACCUCUUCAACCUGGGCCCCAUCGUCCUGACCGCCCACCUGCUCGCCCUCGCCCUGCUGACCUGCAACACCCUGCCCAACCUCGCCGUAAACGCGGGCAUGGGCCCUCGCGUGCGUCAGCUGUACGGCAUAGCGCUGGGGCUCGAGGUGCUGAGUGUCUCGUUGGUGGGCCCCAAGUAUCGAGCGGCGAAGAUGUGCUGGGAGGGUACUGACGCCAAGGCUACGGUGAAGGGACUAGGGAUGAUUAAGAGGGUCAAUGGGUGGAGGCUUUUACUGGUGGAUUUGCCGAAUUGGAGCUGUGUUUUGGCGGCCGUAGUGUUGGAGCUGGGGAAGUGA